UGUAGCUAGCUAUGUAGACGGUGGGCGUUAGCUAGCUGGCUAGCUGCUGGGCAGAUACGUUAGGACGACGAAAUACGAUAAUUACGCAAUUAUCUUUGAUACAAAGACGGCUAUGUAGCUAGCUAAGAAGAAAUUGCUAAGAUUAGACAAAUCAAACCGUUGUACUAUAAUGAAAUGUAAUGAAAUGUAAUGAAAAGUUAUACUACCUGCAGACCGAAGUGCAGACCGAAGUGCGGAUGCGACUGCUCGCUCCAACUCGGAAGUAGCAGGGUCCACAAUUCCAUAUGUCAGCUUCGUAGCCGCCCCACCCCCACGCUCAACAGUUUCCCAUGUCUAUCAAGAAUGGUCCACCACCCAAAUGACAACCCAUUUGGACACAACUGUUGGAAGCAUUGGAGUCAACAUGGGCCAACAUCCCUGUGGAACGUUUUUAACACCUUGCAGAGUCCAAGGCCCAACGAAUUGAGGCUGUUCAGAGUGCAAAAGGGGUGUGUGACUCAAUAUUAGGAAGGUAUUCUUAAUGUUUUGUACGCUCAGCAUAUGCAUUCUUCUUGAAUAAGAAAGUUACAGACGCACAAAUAGUGUACCGCCAAGACAUGCUAACCUCUCACCAUUACAUUAAAAUGGCAUCUUUAACUUUCUCACUCAUCAUUAUUUACGAGUCAUUCAGGACUAUCCAUAAUCAUGGUAGCAUCCACAUUAAUGUAGGAGUGUUUAGAAACAUGCUAUUCUUAUUUACAAUAAAAGUGACUCCAAAAUGACACUACGGUACAUGAUUUACCAUUCAUUUCUACUGGGCACAUAUAUGCAAAUGCAUCCAAAUGCAUUCAAGCUUGCGUGCUAGGAAUAUGGGACCAAAUACUAAACUUUUGACUACUUUAAUACACAUUCUGUAUGUGAAUUUGUCCCAAUAAUUCUGGUACCCUAAAAUGGGGGGACUAUGUACAAAAAGUGCUGUAAUGGAUGAAAAUAGCCUCAGAUUAAAGCUGACAGUCUGCACUUUAACCUCAUAGUCAUUGUAUAAUUUCAAAUACAAAUGUGUCACUGUCCCUAUACUUUUGGAGGUCACUGUAUAAUCCACAUUUUAUGUGCAUACAAUAUACAUUAUAGCUCAGUAUUUGUAUUAUUUAUUUCAUACAGUCUUUUUUGCUCAUCUUUAUCAAGGGCACCAAUAAUUUUUGAUUUUACUUUAUAUUUGUUUGCAAUUGUAGCGGAUAAAAACACCAGAGAGGAGUUUGCUUCAGCAACAGAUCUGGAGCCAGACUAAAAGCCAAAGUUGCUGAGUUCCACAAAGAGGCUGAACAUCAACUAUCAGGACUCAGAUGGGUUUUCAGCAUUACACCAUGCAGCUCUGACGGGCACCACUGAACUGCUGUCUCUACUACUGGAGGCUCAAGCCACUGUGGACAUCAAAGACACCAAUGGUAUGCGUCCGCUCCACUAUGCAGCGUGGCAGGGUAAAGCUGACUCUGUGUUGCUGCUACUAAGAGCUGGAGCAUCAGUUAACACACCGUCACAAGACGGACAGAUACCUCUACACCUGUCUGCACAGUAUGGACACUACCAGGUGUCUGAGAUGUUACUCCAGCACCAGUCUAAUCCAUGUCUGUUGAACAAAGCCAACAAGACCCCUCUGGACCUGGCCUGCGAAUUUGGCAGACUCAAGGUGGCUCAGUUGUUAUUGAGCAGUAACAUGGUGGUAGCUCUGUUGGAGGGGGAGGGUCUAGACUCUACCUCCUCCAACACACCCCUUCACCUGGCCGCUCGCAAUGGACACAAAGACAUCAUCAGGUUGCUACUGAAGGCUGGUAUAGACAUCAACAGAGCCACUAAGGCUGGGACCUCUCUGCACGAGGCUGCCCUCUAUGGCAAGACGGAAGUAGUGCACCUGCUGCUGGACGCUGGUAUUGAUGUUAACCUAUGUAACACGUACAACCAGACAGCUCUGGACAACGUUAACCAGUUCACCACCACAUCAGCCAGCAAGGACAUCAAGAUACUAUUGCGAGAAGCAUUAGGGUCUCUCCAGGUGAGAGCGGUGAAGGACUACUGGAACCUUCAUGACCCUACAGCCCUCAACCUCCGAGCAGGAGACCUCAUUAUGGUGUUGGAGCAGCACAUGGACGGGAGGUGGAAAGGUUAUAUUCAUGACAACCAGAGAGGAACGGACCGGAUUGGAUACUUCCCUCCGUCUGUAGUGGAGGUCAUCAGCAGGAGAGCAGGGGGUACUCUCUCACGUCAGGUCUCGUUGCCAAGCCAACGGCAGCAGCACUUCCUGUCCAGAGCUCCUCCCACCAGUAUUGGCUCUACCCCCCAGACUGAUGACUCCUACACCUUGUACUACGGCCACGCAGGUACCUGUACACCUGGCAGUCUCCUUUCAGCCCCAGCUAGUCCAGCUAGCCCCAGUGAGGACAUAUGGGUCCUCAGGAACUAUCACACUGCAGGAGACAGGAACAGUGUUGGCAGUGCAGGCAGCAGUGCAGGUAGUGUGGGCAGCAGUCGUAGUGCUGGCAGCGGGCAGAGCUCCGAGAACAGUUUUGGACAGAACGGGUCACACACUCGCCAAACCGCAGCCACAUUGGGUUCCUACAUGGCCAAGCUGGCUCCCUCUGCUGGUGAAUCAGAACAGCAGUUUCGCUCAGUAGGACCAGUCCACAGCAAACAACCUGAUGGAUCUACAGGUGGUCCGCGUCAUCAGGUCAGCGGUGGUACUCGGUCAGGGGAGCAGGGUGGCUUCAUGCGUCCAGAUCAGCUCCUGGAGGGCAGGGACUCUGAGGCCAUCUACCAAUGGCUGUGUGAGUUCCAGCUGGAGAGCUACACUGCUAACUUCCUUACAACAGGAUACGAUGUGCCUACUAUCAGUAGGAUGACCCCAGAGGACCUGACAGCUAUCGGUGUGACCAAGCCAGGCCACCGUAAGAAGAUCUCCAUGGAGAUAGGCAACCUAAACAUCCCAGAAUGGCUACCUGACUACAUCCCUUCUGAGCUGUCAGAGUGGUUGAGUGCGAUUGGUCUGCCUCAGUACCAGAAAAGACUGUGUGAGAACGGUUAUGACACCAUCAGCAUCAUCAAGGAUAUCACAUGGGAAGACUUAUCAGAGAUAGGAAUCACUAAACUGGGUCAUCAGAAGAAGCUGAUGUUAGCCGUGAAGCGUUUAUGCGACCUGCAUCGUUCCCGUCACCAUGCCAAUGGCUCCGGCACGCUACGGUGUAGUAAACCCCUCGCGGCUCUGGAGCUGGUGGCUAUCGAGCCCCCCGAGCCCCCUGCCGACUGCUGUCCCCCAUCCCCCCACACUCCCAGGACACCCCUCCUUUCCUUUCAGGACAGCGAGCUGAGCACAGAGCUACAAAACGCCAUGAUGGGCAGGGCAGGAGGAGGGGUGGGGAUAGGGGGGUUUGGGAUGUGUGUGAGAGGUGUGGUGAGGGGUGUGGUGUCGCCGAUGUCGCUCAGCCAGGAGAGCAUUGGAACGCGUUCCCGCGGAUCUGGGAAUUCUGGGAAUUUUUCGGGAUGUUCCCAAGAGCUUCACCAACAGACUCUGGCAUCGGCUGGAGUCUACAGUCGCUCGGACGAGAGCCUGGGGGGAGUGGGAGGAAGAUGGGCGAGACAGGGGGGAGGAGGGAGUCCAGAGAGAGACAGGCAGAGACCCACAGAGUUGUGGUCAGACCAGCUGCGCCAGCCCCCCACUAAACUACCCAUCACCCCUCCUCUCACCCCCAGCAAGAUGCCCCGCUUCGCGUACCCAGCCGUGCCUGUGCCCAGUAAACCCAAAACCUGCCAGUCCCCUGCCCACCCCCACCGCCCCUCCUUCUCUCCCCAGGCCUCCCCCACACAGAGGACCUUCAGUUACCUCCACACCCAGGGAGGAGGUACCGAUCUGGGCCAGCGUGGUCUACCCAAGCCCCAUGCUGGAGCUGUCCCCCUCCCAGGACUAGGCCUCAACACAGAGGCCCUUAAGGGCCCUAAGAAACGCACCCAGAGUCUGACACACUAUUCCCUGUCAGAUGGAGAACCGGAAGACGACGAGUUAUCGGCGCAAGAAUCCGUUCCCCCGGUGACCAUGCCCUCGUAUGCCACACUAGGACGCAAACCAGGCCGCGGCCAAUCCUCCGCCGUCCAACGCCACAUCAGCCGGAGCCACACAUUCGCUGUGCGCUCUCGCCGCAAAGGCCCGCCCCCACCACCACCUAAGAGGUUGAGCUCGGUGAGUGGCAGCCAGGCCAACGAAUCAGGAGGAGCAGCAGUAGUGUCAGUGGAGGUGCCAGGGGUGGAGACUGAGAGUGCAGGCAGUGUGAGGAGCAUUGCAGCCAGGCUACAGGGGUCCGGGCCCAGGGGCAGUCCCUCUAAGGGGGUAGAAUUACCCUCCCCACGCACCUCCACACUCGCCUCCCACAAACCUGUACCCGCUCUGGGGCUGGAAGGCCUGAGGAGGACGGGGAGCGAGCGGAGGGAUAGAGAUGGAGGGAUAGAGAGAAUCCCAGAAGAGGAGGGAGAGAGAGGGAGGAAGAGUGGUUCAGUAUUGGAAAGCUCUACGUCACUUCAGAGGAGCUCCAGUGAGAACCUCCCUUUCGCGGAGGAGGGCAACCUCACCAUCAAACAGCGGCCCAGGUUGGGAGCAGGUUGCCGGGCAGAGCCUGAAAUCCAACCCCAGGCUUCUCUAGAAGACCCGCAGAUGCAGCCCCCAAAGUCCCUGGAGAUCCCAGAGUUCAAUCUCAAAGAGUCGGACACGGUCAAACGACGGCGUCAGCCCAAAGACCGGGACACACACACACUGGACGAGAUCUUCACUCCCAGCGAAGAUGACGCACAUACACAGCCGCACACACACAGCCGGUCCAACGGCUUCCACACACACACAAACAGAGACAUAAAGAGUGAGGAGGAAGCAGGUGUGAGGUCAGAGCGCAGUUUACAGAGAGUAGGAUCGACAGGGAAAUGCCAGAAACCACCUCUGUCCUCCAAACCAACCAGCACUCCCCUCAAACCAGCUGGUCAACAGAUACACACAACUACAUCUAAACCAGGCAGUCAACAGAUACACACAACUACGUCUAAACCAGGCAGUCAACAGAUACACACAACUACGUCUAAACCAGGCAGUCAACAGAUACACACAACUACAUCUAAACCAGGCAGUCAACAGAUACACACAACUACAUCUAAACCAGGCAGUCAACAAAUACACACAACUACAUCUAAACCAGGCAGUCAACAGAAGACAGCACCAACGUCCAAAUUAGGUAGCACACACAACCAUAUAACCACUCCUAUACCAGCCAAUCAACAAAUACACACAACUUCAUCAAGACCAGCCAGUCAACAGACACGGGCAACUAUCCAUAUACCAGCCAGCCCACAAAAUACACGCACAACCAACUCUAUACCGAUCAAUCCACAAAAACUAGUAACAGCAGCCAAACCAGCCAGUCCACAGAAAACAAUAACAUCCAAGCCAGUAAUUCACCAGACGCCUGCUACUGUCUCUAGACUUCCCCAGCGCAGCAUAUCCAUAACGUCAGCCCCUACAGCCCGUUCCCCUGGUGUGACUCUCAAUGUGGUCCAGAGUGUGGUUUUCACUUCCCCAGCCCAGGCAGCCCCCGUUUCAUCCUACCGCACCUUAGGGCCUCCAGGCCAGGCAGGGCGAGCAGUAAAGGCCCAGGCUGGUAAGGCCUGCUCGGAGGUACUGGUUCAGAGGAGGCUGGAUGAGACCAGCACGUCACUCGAGGAAGCGCUGAAAGAUGUAGAGAGGAAACUGGCUCAGGACGACACUGACGGUGGCAGCGGCACAGUGAAAGCAGCAGGGAAUAUUCUGGAUGACAUCGGAAACAUGUUUGGUGACCUCGCUGACCAGCUGGAUGCCAUGUUGGAUUAAAUCCUCUUCAUUUCACUCAAGGCAAACUGAAUAGGAUCAGCUGGGUUCAAUGGAUUGGGUUGGGUUGCCUAGAUACCUAGGCUUUGACCCAAAUGGCACCCUAUUCACUAUAUAGUGCACUACUUUGGACCAGAGCCCUACAUGUCCUGGUCAAAGUAUUUCACUAUAUAGGGAAUUAGCAAGCCAUGCAGAACGGUGCCCUAAACUUGCUUAGACUGAUCUGCAUGUUUCCAACAUCCACUCUCAUAGGGUGGAUGACAGAAAGUAUGAGGGAGGGGAAAGGAAGGGUGAGGGAAUGUGAAAGGGUGAGAGAAGGGAGAUGGGAGCCGAGGGGAGCUGUAGGGUUGAGGAGAGCAGAUAUCUUACACAAACACUUUGUCAUCAGAAUUUUUUACGCAAGUGCUUACUGAGGGAUACAGCUUACUGAGGGAUACAGCUUACUGAGGGAUACACCUUACUGAGGGAUACACCUUACUGAGGGAUACACCUUACUGAGGGAUACACCUUACUGAGGGAUACACCUUACUGAGGGAUACACUUUACUGAGGGAUACACUUUACUGAGGGAUACAGCUUACUGAGGGAUACACCUUACUGAGGGAUUCACCUUACUGAGGGAUACACCUUACUGAGGGAUACACCUUACUGAGGGAUACACUUUACUGAGGGAUACAGCUUACUGAGGGAUACACCUGUUUGUUGUGUUGUUGGAAUAGCAUCAGUGAGAGGCACACACACCAGGACUUAUCUAAACUGAAGCACAUAACCCUGGAUCAAUGGUUUUGCUAGGCAGACAGCACAAUAACACAGAAAAGUGUACUGUGAUUUAUGACAUCGAGCACAGGUUUAUGACAGAGCAUGCGUAGCUUUGCUACAGCUUUGUGCUGAGCCAACCAGAUUUUACCAAUGGGAAUAAGGGUCCAUUUUUAACAUGUAUGUAUUGUAAGUUGUAUUAUAUUCUCGUCUUAAACUUUACCCAAUGUUACGUUAAAGUGUGUCAAUAUUUUUAACAUGAGAUAAAUCUUUGAUGUUCCUGAAAACUGAGAAUUUAGUUUACUUUGCAUUUGUUUUAACAAAGGGAGCACCUAUUUACUUCAAUGUUAAGUGUAAAUGGCAUUUCAAAAGUACUUACAUUUGUUUUAUCUUAUGUUAUUUAACAUGUAAUAUACUAUAGUUUGGUUGAUUAUUGUUGGAGUUGGGUAAGUAUCUAUAAGAUGACAUAUUAUCUGAAUUAAAUUCCAUGCAUAUGUAA